UCUCUUUCACAACCUUGUUUAUGGCGUCCUGUCUCCGAUAUCGGCCGGACGAGCGAUUGGCCCUACUCCUCUCAGCAACCCCACGUGUGAUCGAUGAUGGUGCAUGUUAUCGUAACACUGCCUCCUGUUCGCGAAUUCGAAAUAGAUACACCAACGCCGGCGACACAGUCCUAGGAAUUGGAGUGGAAACCACUACAGCUCCAGUGGAUGCCAUAUCGCGAGGGCGCCGAGUCGAAUUUUAUGUGAUGGAUGAGUCGAAGCGCGCCGCUCUGCAGACUAACAUCGCCUCGGCGUUUCACAAGGCGCACAGCUCGGGCAUGUUUCAGGUGGACUGGAAAUGAUGUUCUCGUUGUACCAGGAGAUCUUGUUGUACCAGGAGAUCUUGCUCUUUGCGUCAUGCGGUGUUUCAUGUCGCGUCGUUUGUGUGUGCACUGGUGAUUUUUCAUGUUCCUUGUUGACUAUGACGGGAUCACUCGUCAUGCUGAUGUAUCGCUCGAUGCUUGAUGUCCAGAGCCGACGUGGAGGGCAAGAGGUCUUCGUUGGUCCGAUGUGCUUACCCGCUGGCCUCCCACCAUCCACAGCACCCGGGCGGGUGCAAGAGGCCCUCAAAGCGGAACUACAGAAGGAAGAAGACGUAGAGGCGGCCUCGUUCGCCGUGGCGCAGGCGGUGUCCAAGACUUCCCACCUCGUCCUACAGGUUCAUGCUAUUUCCACCUAGCGAGUGUCCUUCGCCCGAGUUCGUACGCUUCGACCAUACAUAUCGAAAACGUCAGUCGCUUGCGGGUUUCAUUUUUUGACGUCUGUCUCUGUGAUGACUACUUUUUUGUUUCCCGCCCUCGCUGCUUGGAAACGAACCGCCCUGACACUCAACAUCUUCCCCAAACUAUCUACCGCCCCCAUGUCCUUGUUCCCCCCCCCCGUGCGUACAGGGUGACCCCUCCAACCCC